AUAGGCCAGAGGACAUUCAUUCGAGUGAAAACAGUCUGCGGCUGAAAUUGUGAACGAGUGCUUACGCGAUUCGUUACGUCCCCAUCGUACGCCGUCGUUCGUUGUGAGUUUUUUUUUGUGAACGGGCACGCCAUUAUUGCCAUUGAAAGGUGCGGUUUUUUUCUUUCUAUUGAGCAGUUCUAUUGUGCGGGAUAGUUUAGUUCUUUAGUGUGAUUUUAAAGUGGAAUUGGCUGAGACUAGCGAGUCUCGAAAUCCUCUUCUAUCUUGUGUGUGUAAACGUACGUACAUUUUUGGUGUCUGGAAUCUGGAGGAAAACAAUUCACAGAAAAGGCGAUCUCGUGCAUAAAAAGUGUCCAACCCCUUGCAUGUGUGCUGUCCGGCAGUAAAGUAAUGUGGUGUUUUUCAUGCGUUUCUGCUCCAGCUAAUUCAGAACCAAUGGCAGCCAUCCGGAAGAAGCUCGUAAUCGUCGGCGACGGUGCCUGUGGUAAGACGUGUCUGCUGAUCGUCUUCAGCAAGGAUCAGUUCCCGGAGGUGUACGUGCCCACGGUGUUCGAGAACUAUGUAGCCGACAUCGAGGUCGACGGAAAACAGGUUGAGCUAGCGCUAUGGGAUACUGCCGGACAGGAAGACUACGAUAGGCUUAGGCCUCUGAGCUAUCCAGAUACCGACGUCAUCCUGAUGUGUUUCUCGGUCGAUUCACCAGACUCGCUGGAAAAUAUUCCGGAGAAAUGGACUCCUGAGGUUAAACAUUUUUGUCCAAACGUACCCAUAAUCCUAGUUGGGAACAAGAAAGAUCUCAGAAACGAUCCUCACACGAUAAAGGAAUUGGCCAAAAUGAAGCAGGAGCCAGUAAAGCCACAGGAAGGACGUGCAAUGGCUGAGAAGAUCAACGCUUUCGCCUAUUUGGAGUGCUCGGCUAAGUCGAAAGAGGGCGUUCGCGAGGUGUUCGAAACGGCCACCAGGGCCGCGUUACAGGUCAAAAAGAAGAAGAAGAGUAAAUGUGUUUUGCUCUAAGAGAGCAAAUUUGGAUAACAUAUUUUAUUUUUCUUUCUUUCGUGGAAUGCAAACACAAAUACACUGCAACAAAAAGAAAAGAAGAAAACAAAAAGUUUAAUAAUUUAAAAAAAAUGGUGGUCGACGUCGAUCAGGUUAAGAACAGGAGAUGAAAGUAAGCAGUUUGUGGCAGGAUAGGGAUUGUAUUUUUUCCGAAGAAGGAUGCUGGAUUUGCUUUGCAAGAAAGGACACGAAAAGCAGUUACACUUGAUUAUGUGAAAAUAAUGAAAACCGGCUUCGAACGAAAACAAAACAAAAAAAGAACAAAACUAUCUCUACACAACAUACGCAAAAAAAAGAAUCAUAAUGCAACACAUACACACACUCAGAUGAAAUGCGGGAUGGAAGUCGAAUGAUACGACCCAGCCAAAACGAAAGCAGCAGAGUACGCAGAGAUAUGCUAAAAGUUUUUAUUAUUUAUAAAUUUGUCUUGUGGAAAAGUGUACGACACAAAAAAAACGCGCGAAAGCAAAACGGAAAAUUGUUAGCAACGUAAUCUUAUUACCAAUCAUCAUUCGUAGCACCAGCAGCAUCAAAAUUUUGAAGUAUCACGCGAAUCAAAAGCAUUCGGAUCAGAAUCGCGGAUCAAAACGGAACCACAUAGAAUCAGAGCGAUGAUGGAGGGUGAAGCAUUUUUUUCGGCAGGGCGAAGCAAACUACCGGUUUUUUUUCUCUCCAUUCUUUUUUACUACUUGUCGCGCGCGCGGGCAUCUAUUAGAUGUGUUUUUAUUACUAAUUAAUAAUGGUAAAAACUCCUAUUAUUAUACUUUAGAAUAUAUGAAGCAAAGAUUAUCUGAAUGAAACAAAAAAAAAAACGAGAAGCUGAAGACGAGUGUUGGAGAUAACAGUCUAAAUAAAAAGGCUAGAUUUUUAAACAAA